GAUAAGCCUAAAGUGUUCUAUAUAUACGUGUGUGUGAAAAAGUACAGUGCAUGUUACAAGAAUUCAUUAUGAUUAGGAUACUCCUCUGUUUCGUUGGAGGCAUUUCUGUGGGUGCUCAUCCAUAUUACAGAGAUGUAAUUCCCAAUGGGUACGCAGUGUUCAACCCGUGUGGCGGGGGAUUUUGGGAGGCAGUGGGACAUUACAACGCCCUUCAUCACACACAUGACAAAAAUCCGUUUGGACUAGCCUUCGCCGCUGCUGGACAUCAGUGGACAACUGCCCUUUGUAACGCAGACUCAGAUGGUGAUGGGGUCACCAAUGGGGCUGAGUUAGGUGAUCCCAAUUGUACUUGGACUGCAGGGGACACUCCAGAGGGUAAAUCAACUGGUCAACCAGGAAUCUGUGAGCCCAUUGGUUCCGGGGCUUGUUCUUCUGUUGCUUUCCAUUGUGGUUGUCAUGGACAUGGCUGUGUUGGUUAAUUCAGAUUUCAUAAUAAAAGUGUUUGUAAUUGUUUUAAACAUACAGACGAUUUAUUUUCCAAGCAGUACUGGGAAUCCAGUUAAUUGUGUAAACUUAUAUGUUUUAAAAAUACGAAUAUUUAAAUAACAUCAUUUCCAAAAGAUG